UUUCGUCUACUGUCUGCAAUGCUCAAAGUUUGGCAAUUCUUACAAUAGCAUCAAUAUUGUCUACAAUCGAAACAGAAAUUGACUGAAUUGAAUUCGAAAUUGAGGUGUUAUCAGAGAACAGUGAUAUGAAUUUGGUUGAAAUGUAACCGUGACAUUCAAAAUGAAUUAACUUGACUUGGACAACGUGUUCAAAUCCAUUGGUUGGUUCAUUAUCUUUGUUCAAUGUCGCUGCACAACGCUAAAUGCAUAAGCAACACAUUGUGUGCAUACAGUUCAUAUUAAAAUCCAAGACGGAAACUUGCCGAACAACGAUAAAAAUGCAAAUCUAGAAAAACCGGCACAUGGCCGUAGUUUUCAAAGAAAGGAAAGAAACAAAACCAACAUUCGGUCGUUAUGGAAUUAAUACAAACGAAUUGGAAAUGAUGUGGGAGUCACAGUACCGUAAAAUGAAUGAUAAGAUGUUGAUAUGUUCGCUAUUUUACAUUCGCGUGGCGAUUAGAAAGUCGGUCAGUCAGGCCAAAGACAGCUGAUAUCGAUUGCAAUAUCAGAGGAAAUUUUAACUUGAGUCUUGUUUAUCCCAACAGAAUGUGCAAAAAAAAAAUGCCAGCGGAAAUUCCUACCGGAACAAAAAUCGUAAUUGUGCGCUUUAAUUCGCGUAACAAUUGUAUCGAAAAUUGCGAACGAACACAGGGUCAUUCGAAACCGACAAAAUACACACACACACACACACACAGCUCUAUAUUCGACAUGAACCAAAUGCGAUUUCAUAAGCGAAAAUAUUUUGAUUGGCAAAUUGAACAGCGAACGAUUUAUGACAUCACCACCGCCGCCGCGGCUUCGGUCACGUAAACAUGCGACGCGAUUGAGACGAAACGAAGAAAAACACAAACAAAAGCAUUACAUGCGACUUUACAAUAGCAGACGGAUCUAUUUAAUUUACAGAGAUCAUCGACUGUGAAUCGAUGGUCGUGCUCUUAUGGAUCCCUCUCCGCUCCUCUUUCAAACAAUCUGAGCUAGUCUGCAGUUUGCAGCGCAUACAUUCGAACUGUGUGUAUAUUUGACUAUUUGAGUGGUAUUUUUUUUGUCGUCGCGUAAUCAUAUCACUGUUUUUAUCUUCCUAUCUCAGUAUUCGUAUAUCUUUAUCGACGAGCUAUUGCACACAUAACUAUGUUCGGCCCACAGAUGGUAACAAACGUAUAAAUAAAGUGCUCGACAAUUUGAGUGUUUUGUACACUUAGCGUUCCGCUCAAAACAUUUCAUUUCAUUACCGGCUGUCCGACAAUUCACAAGUGCAGAGAGAAGUGUAGGUCUGAUCGUGUUUUGUUUUUUUGCCUUCAAUUUUGACUAACUGUACGGCGUACGUGCGUGUGUGUGUGUGUUUGUGCGCAAUUUUCAAAUCGAAAACGAGUUAAAAAUGUCAUUCAAAGUAGAACCAGUAUCGUCGCCAAAAUCGGUUCUCGGUGAAGGCCCGCAUUGGGAUGAAGGCACCCAAAGUCUCUACUACACUGAUAUUUACGGCAAAGAAGCAUCAAUUUUACGCUACGAUUACAACGAAAACAAAGUGUAUUCAGCAACAAUUGACGGUGAACCGGUCGUGUCAUUUAUCAUACCUGUAGCCAAUCAGACCGAUCAAUAUGCCAUUGGUAUCGGACGACGUGUGGGAAUCGUACAAUGGGAUGGUGUCUCACCAAAGGCGAAACUUGGUCCAAUUUGUUUUGACGUUGAAAGCGACAAACUAAGCAAUCGUUUCAACGACGCCAAAGCUGACCCGGUUGGACGGUUCUACGGAGGUACGAUGCGCCUAGAAGAAUUGGGUGAUCUGUUCGAAGUUGCAGGCGGAACAUUCUAUCGGUACAUUAAGGGAGAAGGUGUCAAAGACUUGUUACAUAACGUUCACUGUUCAAACGGUUUGGCGUGGAAUGAAAAGGAGAAGAAAUUCUACUUUAUUGACUCUAUCAAAUUCGACGUUAAAGAAUUCGAUUACGAUCCGAAGAAUGGAAACAUCUCCAACGAGAAAGUGGUCAUUGACUUGAGUUCGAAUGGAAAAAAUCCAGGGUUCGUCCCAGACGGUAUGACAAUUGACGCCGAAGGCAAUUUAUAUGUUGCAACCUGGGGUGGUUCAAAAAUAAUUAAAGUUGAUCCGAAAAAAGGCAAAGUUCUAUUGGAGAUUCCUUUUCCGGCAAAACAAGUCACAAGCGCUGCCUUCGGUGGGCCAGAUAUGGAUAUUUUGUACGUAACAACCGCUGCUACCGAUCGUGAUGGUGAGCAGCCACCAUUAGCUGGCCACUUGUUCAAAGUCACAGGACUGGGUGUAAAAGGUCUGCCAGGAGUUAAAGUUCGCGUAUAAAUAUCAUGUUAACAUUAAUCCAAUAAAUUGUACACUUCAUGAUAUCUGAUAAGCCAAAGGAAGGCAUGUUUAAAUGUUCAAUAAAAAGCGUUAUCACCAAAA